GGAAAUCCUGGCUCGAUUUAUUGGCCGUGAGUCUCACCGAGAAUACAACCCAAUGCGGUAUCCGCCAAAGCAAUACAGAUGUGCACCAAUAAACUUGAAAAAUUAUUUAAACUCUGCAGUUACCCAGUUCUUUCUCAUCCCACCAAGUGCCUUUUGUGGAUUGACUGUAGGCAAUUUUCACUUUCCUCUGACGUUUUCAAAUGCAUUCUGGAGUUGAGUUUUUCACUAUUUUUCGGACCUCUUCUAUGUUGAAACUGAAAUAUGCGUUUAGAAAGCCAGUGUUUAGUGCAUCGCAGUGUCGAUUAUUUUCUAACCCCACAUUUCGGCGAACUCCACUAUAUAGGUGGGAUCUGAAAAGUCAAGAUCGACCUCCGUUUUCAUUUAAGUUGCCAACCUCGAUUCUUUUUUUUCUGUCUGUAUCAACCUUUGUAUACAUUCACAGUUUCACUGAUAAUUCCAUUCUCCUCGACACAGGAGAGAAACCUGGAGUCCCAGUAGAGGAACUCAGCAAGCACCUCACUCUUAAAGAUGGUGUCUGGGUAGUCAUCAAUGGAGAAGUUUACGACUUGUCCGAAUUCAUAGCAGUGCAUCCUGGUGGGGCUAAAAUCGUCCUCCAUUGUGCCGGAAAGGAUGCCAGUGACAUCUUCAAUAAGUUCCAUGCCAAAGACGUGUUUGAGAAGUUUCUCAGUGAAGACGCUCAUCUUGGCCCUCUUAUUGGCGAAGCUGAGAAGGCAGAGGAUAUUACAAACUCAGGUGACGAAGAAGAAAGACAGGAACGGAUAAAGAAUAAACCUCCCAUCAACUCUGUUUACAAUAUUUCGGACUUUGAGCAUAUCUCCAAGGAGAUCUUGACCCCCAAUGCCUGGGCAUACUACUCCAGUGCUGCAGAUGAUGAAUUCUCUUUGCGAGAAAACCACUACGCCUAUCUGAGAAUAUUCUUCCACCCUAAGGUGUUGACAGAUGUCCAGAAUGUCGACAUUUCUACUGAAAUGUUGGGCUCAAAAGUUGAUGCUCCUUUUUAUUGUUCUGCAGCUGCCCAGGCAAGAUUGGGUCAUCCCGAUGGAGAAAUAUCAAUUGCCAGAGGGUGUGGAAGAGAGAACAUUAUCCAGAUGAUUUCAAGCAGCUCUUCAAACACGUUUGAUGAAAUUCUUGAUGCUGCCCGUCCGGAUCAGCCGCAAUGGUUUCAAUUGUAUGUCUUGCCAGAUAGAAGCUUCAGUUACAAGAUGAUCGACAAGUGCAAGCUCAGAGGCAUCAAGGGGAUUUUUGUCACCGUCGAUACUGCCUUGUUAGGAAGACGUGAGAAGGACAUGAGAUUCAGAAUGUUUGAUAAUGACAACGACGAUCUAGAGACUGAAAGUCUUGCCAAAGAGAAAGAUCCCAUAAUGUCAUUCAAGGAUCCAGGAUUGACUUGGGACGACAUCCGUAAGUUCAAGCAAGCUACGGAUAUUCCCAUUGUCAUCAAAGGUGUGCAGAGAGUUGACGACGUUCUUCUAGCCAUUGAGAACAAUAUAGACGGAGUUGUGCUCUCUAACCACGGCGGGAGACAGUUGGAUUUUUCAAGAGCGCCUAUUGAAGUAUUGGCCGACGUGAAUAAGGUGUUAAAGCAGAAAAACUUGGAAAACAAAAUCGAAAUCUACAUCGACGGUGGGGUUAGACGUGGAAGUGAUGUGAUCAAAGCAUUGUGUCUUGGCGCCAAAGGCGUAGGUUUAGGACGUGCUUUUCUCUAUGCUAAUUCGUGCUACGGAGAGAAGGGAGUGGUCAAGGCAAUUAGAAUGUUGAAAGAAGAGAUGACUCUCGACAUGAAGCUUUUAGGAGUCUCCAACAUCAGCCAAUUGACUCCAGAGCUCCUCGAUUUGAGAAGAUUACAGGGCGGUUCUCACCAUUCUGAUCACCUAUAUAAUUCAGCCUACGAGCCUCUCACCCCAGCCAAAUUUCUUGAUGAGUGAAAAUUCUCUCAAAUAAAGCAUCAUAGAAUUAUAUAUAGGAAGCAAUGAACUGAUUUACUUAUCUCGUAU